AUGAACGACACAGAAAAAGAGGUUUGUCUUCUUAAUGAAAAAGAACAAGAAAAAUUAAACAGAGACCGUCGAAAAUGGAUGUCCAGAAUAGACCCCAAAAUUCAUUUUUAUUGUCAGAUCAAGAACCCAGGCAAAACCGGGCCCAAUCAAGUAAUCAUGGUUUUGACCAAAAGCUGAUUUUCUAGUAUUUUAAUGCUUCUAGGUCGCCAAGGAGAGUCUUCGUGUUUCAUACCCAAAGUAAUUCCCGAUGCCUACGAGGGGAAUGUCUCCAACACGUUGAAAAACCACCGAGACGUUCGAAAAGGUUCGGAAGAGGCUCCUCAGCGUCAAUCUUCUAACCAAGUAAGAAAAAUCUCACGAGCCCCAGCUAGCAUUAAUCUUCAGGGAACAGGGCAUACUGAACGAGACUACACCGCUUCGAAGUAUUCUACUGCUGGAAGCCAAAGCCAAGAAAGUUCCUCCAGUUCAAGACCACGACGUGUUGACAACGGCUACAGCGGAUCUGUGUCAAACAUGCCGACAGGUAGUUGAUAAAUAGCUGAAGAAAUUGUUCAAUUUCCAGGAACGUCUAAAUUUUCCCAAAGUCUCAGUCAACUUUCUUCUCAAGCUGGAAGCUUAUCAAGAACUAGAUAUGAGCCUCAAGUUCAAGGAGGUUUUUCGAGUGGCCAAGAUUAUCAAAACUAUCGAUUUAAAGGUCUCUAUUGAAAAUGCCAAAUCGAAAAAAAAAAGAAUUUUAGAUAGACAAGAUUAUGACCGGCCUUCCUCAGGCUCUCAUGUGAUCUCAUCGAUUCCUGAGGUGAGCUAAUUAUAAAGUAUUCUAAAUAAAACGCUACCACUUCAGAAAAAAGCCAUGGAAGAUCGGAAAAGCGUUGCUGAACCACUUAGAAUACUCACUGAUGAAGAUUUCCACAAGAAACUUCAGGAAGACGAGGCUAAAAGGCGCGAAGAGACUCGCAGGAAAAACGAAGAAGAAAGACUUAGGAGGAAAAAGAUCCAAGAGGAACGACAACGCGAAAUAGAAGAACUCAGAAGACAAGAACAAGAGAUCGAUGAAGAAUCGACUCGGAAUCUGGCUGAAUUUGAGGAAAAUCAAGCCAAGGAGAAGAUCCGAGAAGAGGAGCGAAGGAAAAAAGAAGAGGAGGAAACCGCCAAGAAAAACCGCUUAGAGGAAGAAGAACGACGAAAAGCCGAAAAAUCUUACGAUUUGAUGAUGGCGCAGGUCAAGCGGAACAUGUUCGUUGAAUCAAAAUGGGAUCAAUGGUUCGGCCAACUCCGUGGCUCGGUUUCCCAUCUCAUUUCCAGCUUGGAAAAUGUCAUUUUCUAUGUGAAGGUAACGUUUGAAGAAUAGGUUGACUGAUGGUCAUUUACUAGCUUGAGGCUCAGAAAAAGUUGGAAUGCUGUAUUCAUUAAAUCGAUACCCAGAAAAUCUCAAUCUCCCCACAUUUAUCCGUUUCCAGAAAAAGAAUAAAUGACUCAGAAAGUUCUGGCUCGAUAAAAUUUCAAAAAAAAAAAAAGUUCAACUGGUUUUCUCGUUCAGAGAACACAACUAAAAAAAGCCACGGGGGCAAAGUCCAUACUUUUUUCAGAGAAAAAAAACUUCAAAACAAGGGAAAGUGAAACUUUGGACCCAAUUUUUCCAAACCAAUCUUUUUUAUAAUUAUUUCACGAAACAAAAAAUGAUGUAGCUAAUUUUGCAAACUUCAUUUUUUGGCUUUUCGUGUUCCUAAAUGAUUGUUAACGUUUUUCAGACGACUGACUGGAAAAAAGCCGAAGUUCAUCUACUGUCUUACAAUCAAGUAAGAGUCACUCCCUCAACUGAAAGAAUCAAUCAACUUGAGGAAAAAAUCCUAUCAGUGACUGGAGAAUGCAAAAAGCUACUCGCGAACUACCAGGAUCAAAUAGACAUGAUUGCGAGAUUGAUCCUAAGAUCCGAAGCCCCGUUUCUGAAAGACGUCAAGGUGAGCUUAGCUUACAACAAAAUUAUAUCAUUUUCUUAAUUUCAGGAUAAUUUGGAACGCUUAUCUACGUUAGUGCGACAGUUGUCAGGACGUCUUCUUCUUCAAGAAAUCGACAAAAUCGAGGUUUUCGCAAUUUUUUAAGUCGAUGAUUGAUAUAGCACGCCGCUUCACACAUUUUGCUUCAUGAGCCUCGCAUGAAACGCGUUUUUUUUUCAUUAGAUUCCCAAGCACUCGAUUAUAUGAAGCUGUACUGUGUAGAAGCAAGCAAGAAACUGCUGAAAUUUUUCGCUGGAUAUUUAAAGGCACUUGCUUGAAUUCGCCACGGGACCCAUUUCAUGUUUUUUUUUUCUUGAUCUACAGUCACCUGCGCCUUUAAAGAACUUUAGAUCUUAUUUUAACAAAAAAAAUGCUUUAAAUAGAAGAAAACUUCGAUGAAUCAAGUCGUGGUCUAAUCUAAGAGCGAUAGUAGUCUCACCCCACGUAUAAAAAGUAGUCGAAAAAAUUGCCCAUAGCUGUAAAAUUUCAAUAAUUUCAGUUCAACACUGAAGAAUGGACUGAUAUUGAGAACCUGACAAAGGAAGUGGAAAAAACUGCGCGGGAUAUUCCAUCGACGUACACUUUGAAACAAAAAUACAAGAACUACACUGAAAAAUCGAAAAAGCCUAUGAAAGAACUCCGGGCGAUCUCUGACUGA